AUGAGCCUCAACGACAACAGCAAACCUGCACGAGGUGUUGCCACCAUACGGCUCAGCUACGAACAGCUGCGGGACACAUUGAAACACUUCGAGUACUUCCGACAUUGGACGGAAGAUCAGAUUCGUGAGUGUAGCAUCCUGGCACGUGUUGUACAGUACGCACCCCACCAGACGAUUCCGCUCGAUCUACAGUUACCCUUUGCCUACCUGGUGCUAAGCGGACAGUGUAUGAUCAUGCAGUGCUUAGAGCUCAGGACUCAGCCGUCUUCAAACCGUGCCGAGUUCCGGCUUGCAUCACCAGAAGAAGAGAUAGCGUCACCUCAUCCAUCCUGCCCAGAUACAUUAGAUCCCGAGUCGCAACUUGAACACAUCCACAAUCUACACGAUACGUUUAGCUCUGGGAAGAUUGUCGAGCCGGACGACAGCACGCUUGAAUACGAUCCCGAUAAAGCAAUCUGUUUUCUGAAGGAAGGACCAGUUGUACAUCGCUUUCUGGAUGUUGGUACGCUGCGGUGUGGUGCAGUAUUUGGUUUGGGCGAACGUCACCAUCACCGGACGAUUGUGGCACGCACAAGAACACAAUGUCUACUCAUACCACGGUGUUGGCUGUUUCUGAAGCCGCAAAAUAUCGGUAACACGUGGCAGAGGCUAUGCAUGUACCUGGACUGGACCGUACCUGGGCGCGAUGAGCUGUUUCGAGGCUUUCUGCGCGACAAAGCCUGGUUGGAAUAUCGGCGGUGGUUGAUUGGCGAGAUGACAAAACGGCCCAGUGGACAGCAGCAUCCACCGUCGGGCUUUGGGUCCAUCUCCAAAUCCCUGCGCGUUGUCGGCGUUGUGCCGAAACCUUUUGUUCGCCGAACGGGGCAGAAGAAAACAACAACGACGACCACCAACCAAAACCUCCGAACGGGUCCGCCAGGACGAAGAAACCCACGCUGGCCCGCCGCAGGUUGUAGCGGCCUGGUGGGGGAAGAUGACUAUAUUUAA